AUGAUCCAGCAGCGUCGAUCCAGGCUGUUGCCAUCCUGAGCAUACUUAUGGAAGAAAUUUAGGCUCACUUUACAUUUUAGUUAUGGCGAAUCUUAGUACACUGCUAGUUUUAGCCUUGGUGGCUCAUGGAUGCUAUGCACUGUCCGCCAAGAAGACCCGACCGGAGAUCUUGGCCGAAAAAGUUAGUCAGAUGAGCAAAUGGGCAGAUCGGCGACCUGUUAUUAAGCUGAACAAUGACCAGUUUAAGGAGUAUCUCCGUACCCAGCCCAGGAACUACUCGGUCAUUAUGAUGGCCACUGCUCUUGGAGCUCAGCAUCGCUGCAGUAUUUGCAAGCAAGCAUCAGAUGAAUUCUAUGCUGUUGCCAGCUCCUACAGCGGCUCCGAUGCUGCUUCCAACCGGCUGUUUUUCGCCAUGGCUGACUUUGAUUCAGCUCAAGGCGUGUUCCAAACGCUCCAAUUGAAAACUGUUCCAGUUUUCUAUCAUUUCCCAGCAAAGGGUGGCAAGAAGAAUCGCCUGGAUCAGUAUGACAUGGGCAGGUUUGGGUUCUCGGCUGAGUCUCUUGCCAAGUGGGUCGAAGAGCGCACUGAUGUUCAUUUCAAGGUUGCGCGUCCGCCGAACUACAUGAUGCUGAUCGGUGGAACUGUCGGUGUGGUUGCUGUUCUGGCCAUUAUCUACUUCAAGCGCAAGGCUGUGGAGCAGCUGAUCAGCCGUCACAACUGUGCUGUGCUGUCCUUGUUUGUCAUCCUGAUGAUGCUGUCGGGUCAAAUGUGGAAUCAGAUUCGUGGUGCUCCAAUGGCUCAAACCGACCCGAACACUGGCAAAGUGGCCUACAUCUCUGGCAACAGUCAAUUCCAGUUCAUCGCAGAGUCCUACAUCAUCAUGGCGAUGUAUGGCCUUGGUGGCCUCGGCUGGAUUCUGCUCUCUGAGCAAGGUCCUGCUGCAAUGAAGUUCAGCCCGAAUGCACAGAGCACAAUGAUUAUCGCUGGUGUUGCUCUCGUCGGAUUUGUCUUUUCCUGGCUACUAUCCACCAUGAGAAUGAAGAACCGCGGAUAUCCGUACUAUUUCCUGAUGAAGUAAUUGCCUUCGUCAGUGUUCCUGGCAAGGCCUGCUCUCGUUGCUUUCGUUCCACUUGACUUGGUAUUGUGUAUGCUGUUGCCUGGUCACUCGGCUCACUUUCUUCCAUCACUGCCCAUGUGGGCCCGUGUUAGCACUGCACAGCGAGCAUAUUGUUUGUGUGGAGUCAGUGUGGCGUGCUGUAACCAUUGUCAUAUGCGUGAUCCCUCAAUUGUAUGGUAGUGCACACCGGGCACUGGGAUACCUCAAUUGUAUGGUAGUGCACACCGGGUACUGGGAUACCUAGGCCAGCAUCCUCGGAUCGGUCUUGCUCAUUUCAACGCCAUUUCGUUUUAUUUGUUUCUGUACUCGCCGGUGUUGCUCGGCGCACUCCGCACACCUGCUUGGCAACCACCAGGCUGUACCUAUGUCCUGUCUUGUCAGCUCUACUGGCUGUGUCUGGCCAGGGCAGUGUAACCGGGCUUGUGUAGCUGAGUGUGCUCUGUGCUCUGCUUCACCCCUGUUCGCUAUGUGUUGGCAUGUACAUACAUGUAUUAUCAUUCCCUGCAGUGAGCGAGUGGUUCACUCACAUCACACGCCAGUGAUUGUUUCCGCUGUACAUGUGUGGCUUUAGGUGACAAUAGCAUGCCUGAGUUUCCGAUUUCCGUUGUUUUUCCUUCUCGCUCAAAUGCACAUAACAAAUUCUUAUUCUAUUUUGCACAACUGAUCAACACUUCCAUUCCGUGCA